AUGUCUUCCUAUAAUGCAGAUGUGCCCUUUGGUGGUUCUUAUCUUCCCGAAAAUGCUCGGGAACGAUUAAGUGCGUAUGUCUAUCGUGGUACUGAUAAGAGUCUGUUGUACAGGUAUGUGUUUCGUCCUUUGUGUGUGCGUCUAGUAACCUAUUUGCCAGUAUGGCUAUCAGCAAAUGUUAUUAGUGUUGCAGCUCUUGCCCUUGUAACUUGUGCACACAUAUUGAUUGCUGUUUAUAUGCCUGAUUUGACAGUAAAGCAAACUGUUAGUGUUACGGAUUCUGUUUCUAAUGGAGAAAAUAUGAGUACACAGGUGUUUACAGAAGAAUUUCAACCACCUCCAAUGUUUGUAUUUAUGUUUGCAGCUUUCGCUCUUUUUUUAUAUCCUAUUCUUGACAACCUUGAUGGACAUCAAGCCCGUCGUACUUUUACUGCCUCACCAUUAGGAUUAAUUGUAGAUCAUGGUUGUGAUGCAUUUAAUUGCAUAAUCGCAUCACUUUCUAUAGCAGCAACUACAAUGAUGGGACCUACAUGGAAGACAUUUGCCCUUCUUUUAUCUAUUGUGAUACCUUUUUUUAUGAACACUUGGGAAGAAUAUUAUCUUGGUGAACUUGUAAUACCUGUAAUAAAUGGUGCAAAUGAAGGAGUUAUGAUUGGUGUGGGUAUUUAUAUAGUUACGGUAUUGAUGGGAGGUCCACAGUGGUGGUAUAUUAAUGGUGUAACCCUACCACAGUUAUGGGUACCAGAGGUAUUAAAACAAUCUCCCCCACUUGCUGCAGUAGCUAUUGAAAAAAAAGUACUUCAUACCGUUUGUCCAUGGAUUUCUGGUACUUUCUUUCGUACGUAUUCCUCUUUUGUUUCUGCUUCAGUUCCUUCAGAUACUACUACGACUACUGCUAGUACUAGUACUAGUACUAAAUCUGCCUUUUCGGCAUUAUUUGGACUCACCUGUGAUGAGGCAUAUAUUUCCAAUAUACCAACUCCUUAUAUCGCACCGGAUAGUUUAAAAGGUGAUGAUUACGUUGGACACAGUAUACUACAAAAUUUUGUUCUUAGUCUUUAUGAUAAAAUGGAUUUUCAUAGUAUACGACUUCGGUAUAAUACCAUUGGAGUUUUUCUCUUUUUAUCAAUGUCAUUUAUUACUUGUGUAGCUAACUUUAUACGAGUGUAUAAAGCUGUACAUAAACCUAGUGCUCAUGGCAAGAUAGAAUCAGGAUGGAUGUCUCGAAAAAUGCCUUUUAUUCACGCACUUACACGUUUAUUACCUCUUAUUACAUUAACACUUUUUGCAACCUUAUGGUUUCUUUCUUCCCCUAAUAAUAUAUUUCAAAAACAUCCACGUAUGUUCUCUUGGACUAUUGGAUUACUCUACACAAAAUCUGAUAUUCAUUUAAUGAUAGCACAUGUUUGUGGUAUUGAAUUCCAUCCACUUCGUCGAACAUUAUGGCCUUUUUUAUUUUUGGGUGCUCACAUGACUCUAACAUUUUACCGAAAUAUGGUUAAUUGGAUGAGAAAUUAUAAACUUCAAAGUACAUCUUUCUGGUUUUUAUCCGCUAACAGUGUAUGGGAUGAUUUACCUAAUGAAGAAUACGUAAUUUGGGGACUUUUUCUCUUGAGUUUAGUUAGUUUCGUUCACUUAGUUUAUGGCGUUGUACGCGAAACAGCUGAUGCGCUGGGGGUUCCAGUUUUCAAAGUGCCUAAAUUGAAACAAGAAAUGCUAUUGAAACAAAUAGCAGAGGAACGUAAAAAGGGGAAAAAAGAAUAA